AAAUGUGAUUAGCUAUCAUGGAAUCAUCCUUUAGCUUUGACAGCAAAUAUUUUUGGACAGUCUCCUAAAGACUGUCUCUACCAGAAGAAAAAGCCUAUACAGCGCAGAGCGGGCGAUCGGCGAGUGUCAUUUUCGGGCCCUUUUCGGGGCAUUCAAAAAAAGGUUGGGCGUGUUUUGCAUGUGGAAUAAAGCAUUCCGGUAAAACGGCAAAACUGAAAUGCAGAAGAAUACAGGAAACAAGAAAACGGAAGUCACCAUGCUAAAGCAUAGCGAAUUCCGGUUUCUUCUUCCCCGCAUUCUUCUGCAUUUCAGCUUUACCGGAAUGCUACAUUGGGCAAGCUUGGGUACGGGAUUAAGAUAGAUACUAGAAAAAUGUGGGAUUGCCGCUAUUUGGGGAUUUGGGAAGGAUUGGAAACUAACUGGCAGCCCGAAAAGACACGGAAAAAAAACAUUCUCUGCUUCAGUCAAACAUUAGCUGAACCAGCGAAUAUAUUGACUGGUAUCUGGACAGACAAUGUUAUUAGCUCUGAGAGACAAUACUGUGUCUGACACAGUCGGAGCUUUAAUAUUGAUGGAAACAACUAGUUUCGACUUUGACAGCACACGUGAUAUUGCCUGCGACAUGUUAUAAUGUUCGCAGUGCUACUGAGUUUUGACAUCUCUUCCAGUCCACCUUUUGUCGUUUAGUCUAGCGAAAGAAGAUUUCACUAUCUCAGUUGAAACCAUUCGUAUUUCCCGCGAAUCUACGUCUCGCUGCACCGCCUGCUGCGACUCGCCAGUACGAACUCGUCGGUCUGGUUCGUGCAGACAGAAUGCCGGUUAAAAGAGGUGAAGUCAACAUGAUUGUUCCAGUGCAUAACAUAAUUUGCCGCAACUAUAAAUUUAAGUGGCGCGCUCAUCAUGUCCGCCGAAGAGUUGCCCGCACUUCUGCGCAGCUGGGGCUUGGGUGACGACGCCAUCAUCCGGUCGUUCAGUGAUAAUGAUGUGUCUGUAGACCGUCUCCUCGGGCUGACUGAAGAAGAAAUCAAGGAGCUGAUUCCGAAGGUUGGUCCUCGCUCAACUUUUAAAUCGAAGCUCAAAGAAUUCGCCCCAGCUCUUCAAGCCAGAACUCCCUCAACAUCAGCUACCUCUACCAGUAAUGAUGAGCAGAUUGAACAAGAUCUAGACGAUGUUGAUGAUGGUGAACCAACUGCUAAGAAAGCUCGACAAGACACUGACAGCCUCAGUCCCGAUGAAUUUCGGGAGAGUUUAUUAAAGGCGCCGGAAGUCAAUAACCUCCACACUGUCCUCAAAUCCCAGCUGCGUGGGUUAAUGGUGUUAGGUCAUCACAAAACCCACGAAGUUUUAGACAGCGACUGCAGAGACCACCUCUGCGAGCUUGUCAUAAACAACGAGUUGGCUUCAGAUCAUUCUAAACUCAUUGAGGAUGAAGGAUUUUUAAAACUUGCUGAAAAAAUUAAAAAAUUAUUUCCCACUGAAGAAAUUGAGACAUGGCAUGCUUCAUCACGAGAUAGCAAAGGCAAUCUUGUUGUGACGGGUCGUUUAAGGACCAAGUAUGAUGCAGUGCGUCGAGGCCUGAUUCGUGCAAAUUUAAUUGAAAGUCGGCGCUCUGCAAAGAAAUCUAAUAACUCUGUUAUUCCUGAUGAUUCCUUUAACGCUGAUGAUGAUCCCGAGAUUUCCUGGUUAAUGACUAAUGAUAGCCCAUGGACUGAAGUGCUGACUAAGUGGGAUGCCAGUGUUGCUGUGAGAAGACAAAUAGUACUUCACCUCAAAUACUACUCGGAGUACAUUGAGAAGUUUCCUGCUCUGCGAACGCAGUUGGGUUGGGAACUUAUCGCACAAGAUGGAGUUGCUAUCGAAGCCAAGCUUGCUCAGCCUGAUUGGCGCAAAUGGGUAGAUGUUAUGAUCAAAUUGAUUCGUAGAGAAAAGGGGAAAUCUGAGUUUUUGAAAGAAACAAAUCUGUCUGAUGGUCAUAAAUUUGCUGCAGUUUGGUUGGCACUACCAUCUCUUUGGAAUGUGAAAACCAUUCCUAAGUCUCCAGCUGCAGGUAAAAAAGACACAUGCUGGAGGCCUUCUAUGUCAGAAAUACAGCAUGGAGUAUGCAUUCAUGCGACUACUGUACCAGAAAUAAUUGAGAAGGUGUCUGCUAAGAAGCUUACAUUAACAACCUAUCAUUUUGGUUUGCUUCCUCUCCCUGUUUUGCUUGGGCCUGUUGAAAACAUACGGCAAUGCUUCAUUGUGCUAGAUGAGCAGCGGUGGGAAGUUGACAGUGUUUUUGAAGCAGUUUUUGGAGUGUUCCGCAUGUCCUUUGGACUUCAUUCAAACUACCCACCUGAGGCUCGUCAUGCUUGGCUGUUUGUUCAACAAACAUUGUUUAAUAUUCAAACUGCUAAUGACUAUCAGAAGUACCCAAGAUUGAAAGCUACAAUUGCUGCUCGUCUUAAGGAAUUUUCUCUACUCUCAUCAUGAAGUGCCCACACUGCGACGUGCUUGUAGUGUCUGUGGAUGCAUAUUUAGCACACAAGAAAAUAUCUCAUCCAACUAAGGACUUCGUGUGUUUACGGUCUUGUGGUAGGCACUAUCCUCAGCCUCAAUCUUU